AUCGGCGUACAGCUCGAUCGUCCAGAACAAACCAGAUGCCUCCUUUACUUCUUAUAAAUACCCGACUUGUUCCGUGACUGUCUCUCACACAUAAGAAUCAAGAACUAGAAGAAGCAAUCAAAAUAUUAGCAGCAACCCAGCAGAUAUUAAUUCUCUGAAAAAGAUGAUGGCAAUGGUUCCAAGCUUCUUUAACAAUCGACGAGGCAGUAGCAUUUUGGACCCAUUCUCUGCUUUUGACAUUUGGGAUCCACUCAAGGACUUCCCUUUCACUUCCUCUAAUUCCCUCAUCUCUCGUGAAAAUUCAGCUUCUGUUAACACCCGCAUUGAUUGGAAAGAGACCCCAGAAGCCCAUGUCUUCAAGGCUGAUCUUCCAGGGCUUAAGAAGGAGGAGGUGAAGGUUGAGAUUGAAGAUGACAGAGUCCUCCAGAUUAGCGGAGAGAGGAGUGUGGAGAAGGAAGACAAGAACGACACAUGGCAUCGUGUAGAGCGUAGGAGUGGCAAGUUCUCGAGGAGGUUUAGGCUGCCUGAGAAUGCCAAGGUGGAUCAAGUUAAGGCUUCAAUGGAGAAUGGGGUUCUUACUGUCACUGUGCCUAAGGAGGAAGUCAAGAAACCUGAAGUCAAGGCAAUUGAAAUCUUUGGUUGAAGGAGACAGAUGCCUAUUGGUUAAUAUCCCCUGUUUGUAAGAAUUAUGGUUCCUUUGUGUGUUUGUUUUUCUCAAGUAGUUGGAAGUUCUGGUCUCCCUGUUAACAUGCACAAAAGUGCUCAGUGUAUUACAUAACACAUCAAUUUUGCAAAUAAAAUUUUUCAUCCCACUCUCUCUUUC